CGUCACUUUCAUCCUAUAAAAAAAAGCAUCUCAACCUUUUGUUCUCGAUAGAAACCAGCGCGAGGCUAUUUCCGCACAAUCUACAGAACCGAAGUUUGGGAGCUCAUCGUGAUCCACCGAUCAGAGAACAAUAAUUAAAACCGGACAAUGUCGACACUUGCAGCGGCUAGGGCAGACAACUUCUACUACCCUCCAGAAUGGGAACCAAAGAAGGGUGGAUUGAACAAGUUCAAUGGACAACAUGCCUUGAGAGAAAGAGCAAGAAAAUUAGACCAAGGAAUCUUAAUCAUAAGAUUUGAAAUGCCUUACCAUAUCUGGUGUGGUGGUUGCAAUUCCAUGAUUGCAAAGGGUGUAAGAUUCAAUGCAGAAAAAAAACAAGUGGGAAAUUAUUACUCUACAAAGAUAUGGAGCUUCACCAUGAAAGCUCCAUGCUGCAAACAUGUAAUUGUGAUUCAAACAGAUCCAAAGAAUUGUGAGUAUUUGGUUAUCAGUGGGGCCCAAAAGAAGGUUGAAGAGUUUGAACCUGAAGAUGCAGAAACUAUGGUACUUCAAGUUGAGGAAGAGAAAAACAAGCUAGUUGAUCCUUUUUAUCGCCUUGAACACCAAGAGGAGGAUUUAAAGAAGAAAAAAGAAGCUGAACCUUUGCUUGUGAGACUUCAAAAAGUGUCUGAUUCCAGACAUUUGGAUGAUUAUUCAUUAAACAAAUCUUUACGUGCCAAACUUAGGAGUCAAAAGAAAAGAGUAGCAGAAGAAGAAACAUCUGCAAGAAAAAUGGGACUUGGGAUAAGACUACUUCCACCAUCUGAACAAGACAUUGUUGCUGCUAAACGUGUCAAGUUUUCUUCAAAUUUCAACAAGAAUAGGGAUGAAAAACGCGCAUUGAUCAAGUCAAGUUCCAUCUUUUCAGGGGUAUAUUCGUCCAAUUCAAAAAGAUCAGAGCUUGAGAUGAAAAGAAGAAGGAUAAAUGCACCAAAAGCGUCUGAGUUGUUGUCUGGAGGGUUUAAGUCAUCGUCAUUGACACGGGGUGUUGGAUCUUCUUCUUCGGUUUUUAAGAACAGGGCUUAAAAUUUGUUGUUAGAUUUGAAUUUGAUAUGUGUGUAAUUUACUAUAUUUUUUCAUGAUAAUGAUGUUCUUUUGUGUAAAUCUUGAAAGAGUAAAAUGGAUUGUGUUCAUGAAAUAACAAAGUUGUAUGUAAAUUGGAAUGUAUGUCAAUCUUUUAUUCUUUGUAGAGUUA